UUGCGUCUUGGCAUGACCUUACUAGUAUCCCCGAUACGUGGGGAUGGGGUGACAAAGAUGCUUAGUAUGUAAUAUUACAGUGGCGAAGUGCUCUGCCACGUACAAAAGGUGAUUGAAAUUUUUUAUUCCAGCAGAUGCUAACGGUACUUUGAAUGUAGCUUUUCAAAGAUCCUGAGCUAUCGAAUGCUGAAACUGAAGCAUAGGCUGCAUUUUACUUGCUCUCCAGUAAUUCAAGGAGGGAUAAGCGAUCCGCCCACUCCGCGGCAACACUACCGAGUCUAAAAAUAAGAUGUGACUCGAGUACUUAGAUGACGGCUUUCGGAGACGAGGGAAUAUUAUUCUCUCACACGGUACACUAUGUCCAACGAAGUCAAGCCUGCUGCGUACAAAACUCAUGGCUAUCAUGAGUCUGUUCUGCGCUCGCACAAGUCGCGUACCGCCGAGGCUUGUGCGGCUUACCUUCUACCAUCCAUUCGCCCGGAUAUGAACAUCCUAGACGUUGGAUCGCCCAAGGGUCAUGUCACAGGGAUCGACAUGGGCGCAGAAGUGCUGGAGCACGCGCGCGCGAAUGCUGAGCAGCAGGGCUUAGCAAACAUCACGUUUCAAACCGGCAGUGUCCUCGAAUUGCCGUUCCCAGAUAACACCUUCGACAUCGUACAUGCCCACCAGGUCAUCCAACACACAACCGAUCAAGUAAAGGCCCUGCAGGAGAUGCGCAGGGUGACUAAAGAUGGCGGGAUUGUCGCCGUUAGGGAUGCCGACAUGUCUGCCAUGAACUGGUUCCCGAAUCUGGAGGGUUUAGAGGAAUGGCGCAAGAUCUAUAUGGCAAUCGCGCGCGCUUCUGGGGGAGAACCAGAUGCCGCUCGACGGCUUCAUUUUUGGGCCAAAGGAGCCGGUUUCAAGAGAGACCAGAUCUCUCUCAGUACUGCCACUAAUUUGUACGCAACCGCCGAAGAAGCUGGCUGGUGGGGUAACAUGUGGGCGGACCGUACUAUGCAGUCACUCUUCUUAAAGACUGCCACUGAAGGAGGGUACGCUUCGUUGGAUGAGGUUUCUCGUAUUGCCGAUGUAUGGCGCCAGUGGGGAGGGCACGAGGAUGCGUGGUUUGCCUUGCUGCAGGGACAAAUGCUUUGCAAAGUCGAGAAGGAUGGUAGUAAAUAGUGCAAAGUCGUAGUUUUGCCCGCGACGUCAGUUGUUGCCAUAAGGGAAGGAAAGGAGGCAAGAAACAGGCUGUAGCA